AUGGUAGUCAAAGUUCUACUUUGGCAAUGCCAAAUCUCGCUGAACCGUGCCAAACGACAAUGUCCAUGCGCCCGUUUGGUCAUUGACACAUGCACCUGCAAGGCGGAUCCAACACCUCGUUGUACUUGUACGGCACCGAUCUCGCCUCCAACCUGUACUUGUGCUGCUCAAACGCAAGCAUCUCUCUGUCGCCCAUCAUGCUUGCACACUUGCGUCUCCUUGUGCCCUCAGGGCGUGUCACAAACUACUUGUCAAUCAUCCUGCCGAUAUACCUGUUCCGAGUCAUGCAUGCCCAGGCAAGCUGUUCCCAUCCGCGUGCUCGUGCAGCAACCAAAGACACCUGAAGAAUGUGGAGGAGUUUGUCAGCAGUCAUGCCAACAAUCUUGCUUGUCUCAGGCCAAUCCUUCUAGUUGUUCACUGCUCUGCCGGCAGUCGUGUGAACCGAGUUGUGUCUACGCUGCUGUCACCCCGAAGCCUUCCCCCGUUCCUCAGUGUGCUGCUGUAUGUAUGCCUUCCUGUGAGACUCAGUGCAUACAACAGUACAAUAUCGUCAUAUCCAAAUCAAUGCCUGCAGAGCUGAAAUCGCUUGUUCAACAGCCGGUCUCGCAGAUGCAAUGUGCGAGUACGUGCAUGCCACUUUGUACUCCACAAUGCACACAACAAUAUGCAGUCAGUUCGCCAAGGGUCCCUAGCAGGCCCGCCCCGCAGUGCAUCCCAGUAUGCAUGCCCCUCUGUACUGCGCAAUGCAUCCAAGCACAACAAGUGGCCACUAGGCCUCCAACCGUUCCAAGUCCUUCUCCUGUCCAGUGCAUAUCUGUAUGCAUGCCCUUGUGUACCCCACAAUGCAUCCAGCAGCAACAGAUAGACACUCCACCUCCCACACUCCGAACAUCGCCUCCUCCUCAGUGCAUAGCAGUAUGUAUGCCACUCUGUAGCCAACAGUGCAUUCAACAGGCACAGAUUGUAACGAGACCGCCGACCGUUCCAACUACCCCUCCCGUCCAGUGUGUUUCUAUCUGUAUGCCUCUUUGCACUCCUCAAUGCAUCCAGCAGACACAGAUUAUUACCGCAGCUCCAACUUUACCUUCUGUCCAAUGUAUCCCUGCUUGUAUGCCGUUGUGCUCGUCACAGUGCAUUCAGAGUCAGACAGCCAUUUCUCAAGAGCCUUCAAUCUCGUCAGGAGGUUGUAGUCCAAUUUGUCAACCUUUGUGCGAUCAGCAAUGCGUCAAAGCCCUUACUGUGAACAUAUCGCUACAGAAGACAGACUUCUACCAGUCACCGAUUCCGCAACCGAAUCAACCCCCUGUGUCCGUUGGAUCCACGCAAUGUGCUCCACAAUGCCAGCCGGCUUGUGAGGAGCAGUGUGUCAAGGGUUACGUAAUAACCCCGUUGAAUGAACCCGCACUGCCACCGCCACCACCACCUCCACAACAACAACACCAACAACAGUCAGCAGCUUAUUGCCCAGUGCAAUGUCAACCAAACUGUGAAGAGCAAUGUAUACAGCAGAACCAAGAUUUCACCAUCAACAUAGUUUUUGAAGACAAGAAGCAGUGUGAUGAAGUAUGUAUGCCGGCCUGCACGCCUGAGUGCAUCCAGCAGGCGCCAGCUCAAACCCAGACAACUCCGGUUCUGCGCGAAGGCGUGCAGUGUGUCACUGAAUGUAUGCCGUUAUGCGAGCCACAGUGUUUGGCCACGGUAACCGUAGUUGUUCCUGUUACACCGCAGCCAAGUCCAGUAACACCAGCAUGUGUUCAGCAGUGCCAACCGGCUUGUUCCCCAACUUGUACAGAGACCUACAUCGCACCACCGCAGAGGGACAAUUGUAUCCCCAGCUGUCAACCGGCAUGUGAACCUGAAUGCAUUCAGCGCGAACAAAUAACUCAAUGUCCCCCUCAAUGCGAACCGGCAUGUGAGCCGCAGUGCAUACAGCAGUACCCAAUGGCGUCGUCUAAUAUAGGCGUCCAGGCCGUCUACACCUUAUCGCCAGUACUAAAUGAGCAGCCGUCGGGACAGUGCGCACCAGCCUGCCAACCAAGCUGUGACUCGGAAUGUGUACAAAACUACCAAUUUGAUAUCGUAGUCCCACAGAAUAAUGAAUGCAUGGCUCCUUGUAGCCAGAGUUGCAUGAGCAGCUGUGAACAGCAGAACAGCGCAAAGUACGAAUGCCAGGUUAGUCGAGUCGAACGUUCCCUUUAA